UUUUUUUUAAGGUCUCUGUCAUCCACCAUUCAGAAAUGCGGAUAGUCUAUUAUCUGGCAACCCUGAGCUCAGCUGCUGGGCUCUGCUCGCUUUCUGACUCUGCUGGCUGUGUGAGAGUGGGUGAUGGACUGAGUGAGGGCGCUCUUUAGACCAGCGCUCUCGUUAGCAUUGCUAAACCCACAAGCUAGGCUGAAAUAACCAGACGAAUUUUUUUUAGGGUCGUUAAAUCGACAAGAAAAUAUAGUACCGUUAUUAUCAGUCUUUCACAUCCCACUCUAAACACACUAACACGGCAUUGAUGGUAAUGUAUGCAAGGAAACAACCGAGACUCGGCGAUGGGUGCGACCGAAGAGAUUCUCAGCCCUAUCAGGCUCUCAAAUACUCAUCCAAGAGCCAUCCAGGAGGGGACCAUCGACACGAAAAGACACGAGACACCACAGAUGUCACUCCUCCCUGCAAAAUGCUCAGGAGGUCCGACAGCCCUGAGAACAAACACAUCGACAGCACGGGGCACAGCAGAGCAAAAGCCAUUCACACACACCGAGUCAGAGACAGGGAUGGAGGACCCAGUUAUUCUCCACAAGAAAAUUCACACAACCACAGUUCCCUGCACAGCUCCAAUUCACAUUCUAACCCCAGCAAGACCUCAGACACACCUCACGAGCCYGGUGACGACUGGUCAGAGCACAUCAGUUCCUCUGGAAAGAAAUACUAUUACAACUGCAGGACAGAGGUGUCCCAGUGGGAAAAGCCAAAAGAAUGGCUGGAGAGAGAACAGAGGCAAAAAGAGGCAACAAAGACUGCUGUUGUCAACAGUUUCCCUAAGGACAGGGACUACAGAAGGGAGGCUAUGCAAGCUACAGCAGCGCCUGGCUUCGCUGGUCCUAAGUCAGUCCAGAUGGAAAAGCCUCCAGCAGCUCUUGGCACACAGUCCCAGUCCUCUUCCUCUAGUUCAGGGAGCUUGAACCCAUCAUCAGGCCCACCUGGAUCGUCUGCUUCCACCGUGCCUGUCUCCCCAGUUCUUCAGUCCUCGACUCCUCCAAUUCUCCAGGACCCCACUCUGCUUCGCCAGCUUCUCCCGGCCCUUCAGACGGCCCUGCAGCUCAACAAUGCUAGUGUGGAUAUGUCAAAAAUCAACGAAGUUCUCACAGCUGCUGUCACACAAGCUUCCUUACAGUCAAUGCUCCACAAAAUCCUCACAGCAGGACCAUCAGCUUUCAACAUCACUACUAUUCUGUCUCAAGCUGCUCAGCUGUCCAACCAAGCUCAGCAAUCAAAUCAGUCACCGAUGUCUUUAACAUCAGACGCGUCGUCGCCAAGGUCCUACGUCUCUCCGAGGAUCGGCACACCACAGACCAACGUUGGCUCUCUAAAGUCCCUGCUCAGCUCACAGCCUGUUCUGUCACAGUCAAAAGUGAGCACAUCCGCCGUGAAGCAGUCAUCACUUUCCCAACCCACGUCCCAGCAGCCCCUGUCCAGUGAGAAAUCCCACAGCCAUGAUGCCACCACAGCCUCCCCGCGCACACUCCAGCGCCAAAGGUCAGUCAGUCAGAGAAGUCCCUCCCCAGGUCCCAAUCACGUCCCCUCCAGCAGCAGCAGCAGCAACGCCCCCAACUCUGCCUCUGCACCCCCGACCGCUUCAGCAGCUCGGCCCCCCUGCUCCUUCACCCCGACCCUGGCUGCCCACUUCAAUGAGAACCUUAUCAAGCACGUGCAGGGGUGGCCUGCAGAGCAUGCAGAGAAACAGGCGUCGAGGCUACGUGAAGAAGCUCACACGAUGGGCAGCAUCUGCAUGUCCGAGAACUGCACGGAGCUGAAAAACCUGCGCUCUUUGGUCAGAGUCUGUGAAAUCCAAGCAACGCUGCGCGAGCAGAGGAUAUUGUUUCUAAGACAGCAAAUCAAAGAACUUGAAAAGUUGAAGAAUCAGAAUUCCUUCAUGGGCUGAGAACUUUGGGAUGCCASAUGGAAGAGGAGGAGGAGGGGGAGGGAGGCUUUGGGAGGG